AUGAGUACUUUUGGGUACCGCCGGGAGCCGAAGAAGUCCGAGGAGGUGGACGAAGACGAGCUGCUGGCCACUCUGUCCUCCGAGGAGCUCCAGGAGCUGGAGAGGGAGCUGGCCGACCUGGACGACAAUGUCCCCAUCGGCCUGAGGCAGAAAGACCAGACCGCAAAGACCCCGACGGGGAGCUUCGACCGGGACGCUCUGCUGAAAUACUGGGAGGACGAGAACAAGAAGCUGCUGGAGGACGAGAGGACGGAGGACGAGAGGACGGAGUCCAACGGCGGACAGGAAAUACGCCCAGAUAACAGCAGAGGGGAACGAGCGACAGUGACCACCGGCGACACCGGCAAGACUCUGGACGGCGACAGGAAGAAGAUUUCACAAAAGGGGAAGAAAGCGAGUAUUCUCGCGAAGGAAGAUGAGGCGGAAAAGAAAGACGAGUGUAAGAAGGAGGCUCCGAUGAGGAGUAAAUGUCCUCAGAAGAAAAGUCUGUCGAAGGGCUCAAAGAGCGAACCGAGGAGGACCGAAACCACAGACCAAAACCUGAACCCAACCACCGACAGAGCGAGCGGGAACCCGACCGUCGUCGCCGAAACUCUGGAGCGGAUCCUGUGCGACGACCCUGGCGUGAGCGAAGUCAACCUGAACAACAUUGAGGACAUUUCCCAGGAGACCUUGCUAUGCUUCGCCAAGGCCCUGCGCGCAAACACUCAUGUCCACGUCUUCAGCCUCGCCAACACCCACGCCGAUGACCGCGUGGCCCUCGCCGUGUCCCAGAUGCUCAGCGAGAACCGCUUCGUCAGGAACCUGAACAUCGAGUCCAACUUCGUGUCCGGUCAGGGCAUCCUGGCGCUGCUGGCAGCGCUGCAGCACAACAGGACGCUGGUGGAGCUGCGCUUUCACAACCAGAGGCACAUGUGCGGGGGUAAGGUGGAGAUGGAGAUGGUCCAGCUGCUGAGGGAAAACACCACCCUGCUCAAGCUCGGCUACCAGUUCGACCUCCCGGGCCCGAGGAUGACAGCGACCAGCAUCCUGACGCGCAACCAGGACCAAGAGCGACAGCGGAGGCUCCGACAGAACAAGGAGCAGAGUCCUCCAGAGGUGUCGGGACAAGGUCCUGGUUCAUCUGCAGUAAACAGACCCCCAAAGAAGACGUCGCAAUCUUCUAAGACUGUUGAGAACCAGAAAAGACACCCUCCUCCUCCUCUGUCUUUAGACCCGCCGACGAGGAAGAUCUCCGAAAUGGUCAAACGGCACGAAGGCUUGAACACGACGAAGACUCAGUUAAACCAAAGAAAGACAAAGUCAAAGAAGCUCAAGAACGGCGCCAACGAGAAGGAGAGCGCAGAUAUUCUCAAAGACCUGAAGAACGCCUUAAAGCCGUCGCUCCAGAAGAGACGAGACGAACCUUCGAGCCUUCCUCCGCCAACGCCGUCACCGCAGAUGUCGAGCCGCGACGACCUGAUGGCGGCGAUCCGCGAGAGCAGCAUCGGGUCCUUAAAAAGGGUAAGACUUCCUGUGGCUCUGUCACAGGCCUGA